AUGAAGUUGGAUACCAGAGCGCUGCGUCAUUUGGCAGCGGAGGACUGGCGAGUUCUCACUGCCGUCGAACUGGGAAGCAAAAAUCACGAAAUCGUCCCUACAGCACUUAUCGAAAGAAUUUCGCGAUUAAGAGGUGGCGCAAGUGGUGUUCACAAAAGCAUAUCCGCACUCGCCAAAGUCGGCCUCAUUGCCCGAGUCAAGGAAGCCAAAUACGACGGCUACCGGCUGACCUACGGCGGCCUCGACUACCUCGCCCUCCAUACGCACUCCAGCAAGAAGAUCGUCUACAGCGUCGGCAGCAGAAUCGGUGUCGGCAAGGAAAGUGACAUUAUGGUCGUCGCAGACCACAGCGGCGCGCAGCAGGUCCUCAAGAUCCACCGCCUCGGCCGAAUCUCGUUCCGAACGGUCAAGUCGAACCGUGACUACCUCCGCAACAAGUCUUCCGGCUCGUGGAUGUACCUGUCGAGGCUUGCUGCUAUGAAGGAAUACGCUUUUAUGCAGGCUCUACGCGACGAAGGAUUUCCUGUCCCGCAGCCGCUCGGCCAAUCGCGCCACACGAUCGUAAUGACGCUUAUUGACGCCCACCCUCUUCGACAAAUAUCCCAAGUACCGGACCCUGCAGUACUAUAUUCCGAGUUGAUUUCUCUGAUACUACGCCUUGCCGAGCACGGGCUAAUUCAUGGUGAUUUUAACGAAUUCAAUAUCCUGAUCAAAGAGAAUAAAACGACAAAUGAAGCUGGGGAGGAGACAAUCACCCUCGAGCCGAUUGUCAUUGACUUUCCGCAAAUGGUUUCCAUGGAACAUCAGAAUGCUGAAAUGUAUUUUGAUCGCGACGUAAACUGUAUCAAGAGGUUUUUUCAGCGUCGGUUUCACUUUACAAGCACCCAGCCUGGCCCUUUUUUUAAGGAUGCCAAAAAGAUUGUCGGGAAAGGCGGUAAGACAAGACUAGAUGCGACGGUGGAGGCGUCGGGUUUCACCAAGAAAAUGUUGAAAGACUUGGAGGCAGCAAUCAGAGAAAAGGGAGAAACCAGGACGGACCAGAACUCGGAGGAUGAAUCUGGGGAGGAUGAAGAAGAAGAGAGCGAAACCGACGAGGAUGGCUCUGGCGAAGAGUCCGGCCCAGUGGUCAUUGGCAGAAUUGAGGCAGAAGAUGCGGCAGAUGCGGCAGAUGCAGCAGAUGUGGUUAAUGACAGCAUGGCUCAACUUACAGUAUAA